UUUUUUCUUUUUUUUCUUUUUUUUCUUUUUUUUCUUUUUUUUCUUUUUUUUUCUUUUUUUGAUAAAGUUUUACCAUCUAAAACUAAGAUGAUCGUUUUGUUAAAGAAAAUUGUACUAAAAAAUAAAACAAAAUGAAAUCAAACCAGCUUCUUUAAUUUUUCUUUGAAUAUUUUCAAGCAUUAUAAUAAGGAAUCUAAUGGAAAAUUUUCUUAUUGUAGACUUUCAUUUGUUGUUAACGGUACGUCUAAAUUAUUCAUUAGUUUUGUUACUUCUGUUAAUGAAUAAUUCGAGUUCUUUAUGAGUUCUGGAAUGGUUUUGAGAAGAUCGAUUCGAACUCAUGAUGAAAUGAUGCUUCGAGUACGAUGAGCGUGUUGGACAUAAUUAGAGAAUGUUAUGGUCGAAUCUAUUGUGUUGAUAGUUUUGAAAUGGAAUUCACUCAUGAAAUAACCAUUAUGCUACAAAAAUUGGUUCAGUCGAGUUUUGUCGUAGAUCAACAGCCACCUCAAGUCAUAACCGAAGGCAAAAGAUUUGAUGCCUGUGUGCGCGUGCUUCUGCCCGAAUACAUUACAAUUUACGAAGAAGAACUACCAAAGGUCACCGUUUCAAUUUUAUCGGAAUCACAAAAAAGCCAACAGCAUCAACAGCAACGCCCUGAUAAUGCAAAUUCGGGUAUAAUCGAUAUGGAUGAAUGCUGUUUUACAAUAAGUCCAUCGAACGAUCAGCGUUCAGUAUGCCAUUUAAGUAAAAUAACACUGAGAAAUAUUAGAAGAGACACCAAUAAAAGGACCAACAAAUCUGUGAUGGAUGAAAAGUUCUGUCUGCUUUUUGAAACCGAAUUAAAAUUUAACAUCUCGUCAGUUCGUGUGUGGACCAUGUCAGUUCCGGUGACGGCUGCAUCGAACGUAUGUCAAAAGAAAGAUGGUUUGGCAACCAUCGCAUGGGACAAUGCAUUCUUUGAAAUUGGUCGAACUACAUUUGAUGUUCCAACUCAAGUGCCGUGGUCACUAAUGGAACGGGCGCUAAGCAUGAUUUUCUACCAUCAAACUGGCUGCUAUUUGACAGCAGAUCACUUGCAAAGCUUGUAUGAAAAAGUGUUUGGCCCAUCGCCAAGGGAGCACCGUUCGAUGUCGUGGAAACAAUUUGGAAAGGCUCAACUGCAACCACGUACGGAUUUCUCAUUUUUCACUUGGUUCUACGAAGCAGCGAAACUGACGCGAGUGCAUCUCAGCGAUGAAUGGCAAAAGGGACUUAUCAUUCAAAUUAUGUACGAAGCAAUUCGAUCCAAUGGUGCGAAUUCAUCCGAAAGAUUGAAUCUCAUCUGCAGAAUCGAUCAAAUUUAAAAAUCUUUGCCUGCAAUUCAAUUGAU